AUGAAGGAACACGCAGGAGAAUGUGGAAUCUGGGAACAAAGUCACGAAGCCUUUAAGGAAAAGGCGGGAGCGUGGCAGGAUACUCCCGAGGAGGUCUUCGCGAAAUCGGGCUGGUCAGGCGUACGUCGCGCGGCCGUCGCAGCGGUGCAUCGCUCGUGUGACGCGGCGGAGCGCUGGGAACCGUGGCUUGGCGCGCUGCUGGUGGAGGAUUCCAGGCGCAGCCGAAUGCUGGAUGAGCUCGAAGCCGCCCUGACAAGGGCAGGUGCCCCACCGGAGGAGCAAGAAGGGGAGGCGGUGGGCCCGGAACGGAUGAGAGUGGCAGACGAGGAUUCCGUGGUGGGAAUUGGACGGGACGAAGGUAGGGGUGAGGGGGAGGAGGCAAGAGCAUCGGAGAGGGGCGGCACGGCUGCAGAGUUUCCUGUGCUGCUCGGUGUGCCGGUGGCAGUGAAGGAUCUGAUCCACGUGGACGGGUUUCCCACCAGAGCAGGCGCUCUGCCAGGCUUCCCUGCACUGGACUCCCUGCUGGGGAUGAGCGAGGGCGAGAUAAUCCAACGGCUGAGGUCUGAUGGCGCACUCAUCCUGGGCAAGGCAGCCAUGACAGAGUUUGCCUACCGCCAUCCGUCUAGCACACGCAACCCUCUUGCUCCAUCCUUCACGCCUGGAGGCUCCAGCAGCGGGUCAGCAGCAGCUGUCGCAGCAGGCAUCUGUCCGCUGGCGCUCGCAUCACAGACUUGUGCGUCCAUCUCCCGCCCAGCAGCCUUCACAGCCACAGUGGGCUUUAAGCCAUCCCACCACUGCCUCCCCGCCUCUGGCUGCGUUUCGCCAUCGCCCUCCCUGGACCAGUUUGGAGUCAUAUCAGCCUCGGUGCGCUGGGCAGCACUCUUUGCUCAGGCCGUGCUGCCCCACUGGCGGCCCCCAACCCCGCGUGCGGCAAUGCACGAGCCCCGCUGUGUGGCAGUCCCCGAGGGGCCGCUGCUGGAGCAGUGCGAGGGGGGAGCAGCGUGGGAGGCGUUUCAGCAGCUGCUGGCGCAGAUGAGGGCGAGCAGUUAUUGGAAGGUGGUGUCGCUGCCCUGCCUUGAUGACUUGCAGCGGAUCAAAGAGUCCCACCUGGCUCUCAUGGCGUUUGAAUAUGCCCGCUUCCUGGAUUCCCUCCACCUGCCCCACCUGCCAUCUCUUGUCUCCCCGCCUGCACGACAGGCAACCCCAUCAUGUCCAUCCCCUGGAGCCAUGCGGGUCUGCCCACUGUCACCAUGCCAGUCGCCCUCACACCUGCUGCUGGUGGUUCACCUGGGAGUGCUGCUGCUGGCAGCUGCACACAUGAGGGUGGUACCGCUGAUGAGAGCAACAGGGAAACUAUCAAGGAGUAUCUUGCAAUGGGAGUGA